CUAAUAAAAUCAACAAGUGUUAUGAAUGGAUGAAAAACUUGCACACUCGCGGAAGUCUUUUAGUUGCGGAGAUAAAGGGAAGAAAACAACCAAAAAACGUAAAAAGGCGAAGGCCAAAGACGGUAAACGCAAUGGGAAGACUUCAGGUACCCCAGACGGGGAAACAAACUCCGAUAGCGCCAUCGAUGCAGUGCGACGUAAACUGUCGAAGAAUGAGGGCAGCAGUGCAAAGUCUGGAACAAAAUCUCGCAAAACUAAAGAAAAGAAAACUGGUUCAACCAAAUUGAAGUCACCUGUUAAUCAAGAAAAGAUUCUUAAUGAAAGUAACUCUGUAACCUUGAAAGAAAAGAUUAAUGAUAAUGAAAAUAAUGCUUUAACUUUGAAAGUUGUUGGCAUCAGUAAACUUAAUUUGGCCCCUACUACAAGUAACAUCAAUGGUUCGUUGACAAAUGCAUCAGUGAGUCUGCAAAAUGGAACUUCCACCUCAAUACACAGAGGUUUGACCUCAGCUAGAGGUACUGUACAUGGAACCCGGACUUCUUCAACUAUUGCUAAAGAUAUACCCUUACACUAUGCAUCUAAACUGGAGGAUGAAGAUGAAGAUUCAUCAUCCUCUGAUUCAGAUAUUUCUGUUGUUGUGGUGAAGAUAAAUGAAACUUUACGCUGGGAGAACCAGCUUUCAGAUGAAGAGAAAGAGAAAGAUCGAAUACAGACUUAUAAAUUAAACCGAAGGAAAAGAUACCUGGCAGAAUUAAUGAAAGAACGACACGAUAAGGAGAGCAUUCUUAAGAUUGCACGAGAAUUGACAGUCACUGAUGAUGAUUAUAAUCUAAGAUGAAGCCAGAAUUCCAAUAGUGGAAGUUUGAGUCAUGUUUGUAUGCCCCAUAAUAGUACAUAUCUGAAUAUUUAUUAUCACUGGCCAGUAUAUACCUAUAAAAUAUUUAUUAUAGUUACAAUAUAUAAUAAUGUAGUUUUAUAUAGCGCACAUAUCCAUCUAACAUAAGAUGCUCAGGGCGCUUGACAU